AUGACCAUGCCAAUAGCGAACCCCGACUCGAAUGCGCCGUUCGCCAGCCCACAAACGCUCUUUAUCAACGCCAACGUCGUCGGAUGGCCGCCAGGGGUGUAUUCCGUGCUCGUGCUGGGCGGGCGCGUGGCCAUCGUGAGCCGCGGGCUCGUGGUCCCAGAAACGGACAUGCAGGUGGUGGAUGUGCGAGGGGCAUGGAUUGCGCCGAGCCUAGUAGACUGGCAUACACAUUUCACCUCGGCCGCCGUCCACGCCCGCCGGCUCAGCCUGACGGGCUACCCCUCUGCCGCGGUCGCGCUCAAGGUGGUCAACGUCGCGCUCCGGAGCCCAGAGUACGACGAGUGCGGCACGUUUGUCGCGGUCGGUAUCCGGCCAGGCGCGUGGGCCGACGCGGCGAUCCUGAACCGGUCGACCCUAGACGCAAUGUGCAGCACCAAGCCCGUGGCGCUCUACUUCACCGACGGGCGGUGCGUCGCCAACACGCGCAUGCUGCGGCUCGGCGGGUUCGGCCACGAUACCCAUCCACACGGGUACUGCUCGCGCGCGGACGCGGCGGCGCUCUCGGCGCGCCUGAUGGAGAUUGCGGACCCGUACGUUGUCGAUAACUGGGUCGGCGACCUCGCUGCCCAUGUUGCCGCUUUGGGCAUCACGCAGAUUGUCGACUUUGAGAUGGCCGACAACGAGGAUGACUGGAAGCGCAGAUGCGGCCCAAAACAGUUUAGCACACUGCGGGUGAAAUGCACCAUCUCGCCGGAGUACCUCGAUGAGGCGAUACAAAAGCGGCACUCCGCGAAUGAACCCAUCGAGGGCACGCACGGCCUGAUUACCGUCGGGCCUUUCCACCUCGUCGCCGACGGCACGCUGGCCCACAUGACGGCGUACUGCAAGCAGCCAUACUCCAAUACGACGUCGCGCGGCAAGCUAUACCAUCCUCCAGAUGCUAUCGGCACACUGUGUACGAAGGCAACCGAAGCAGGGCUGCAGGUCGCCGUCCACGCGGCGGGGGACGAAGCGCUGCGCAUCGUCGUCGACCAGCUGGACGCGACCGACCCUUUGCCAGGGAGCACGAUCGAGCAUCCAGCGCUGGUCGACGCACUCGAGGUGCCGCGCGCCGCGGCGUUGGGACUCGCUGCCAGCGUAUCCCCAACGCGCAUGGUGCACGACGCGCCGAUUGCCCACGCGCUCUGGAGGGGCAGGGAAGGCCGAACAUGGCCCUACCGGUCGCUGCAGAGCGCGCGCCUGCCGCUCCGCUUCGGGUCCGGCGAGCCCGAGGUGCCCAUCCAGCCGUGGGUCGCCAUGGCGUGCGCGAUGAGCCGCGCAAGCUACCAGCCACAAGAAUGUCUCACGGGCGCCGAAGCCUUCGCGGCCAGCACGUGGAACGGGCGUGGACACGUCUCGGAGGGCGAGCGCGCCGACCUCAUCCUCAUAGAUGCCGACCCGCUGGGGGCCGGCGCCGAGGAGAUGCGCGCCGUCAAAGUGCUCGGCACUAUGCUGGGCGGAAAUUGGACGCAUCGCCCCACGCCACCGCCAGCAGCCAUGACUAUCGCACCGGCACCACCACAGACACUCCUCACGAACGCCAACGUCGUCGGAUACCCCCGCGGGCCAUACUCCCUCCUCAUUGAGGCCGGGGUCGUAGUCACCAUCACGCAGGGCUUGAUCGUGCCCGAGCGUGGGGCGGAGGUCCUCGACGUGCGCGGAGGGUGGGUCGCGCCAUCCCUCAUCGACUGGCACACGCACUUCACGAAGACGGCGAUCAACGCGCGCCGGCUCAGCCUGGCGUCGCAUGCGACCGCGUCUGAGGUGCUCCGCGCCGUAGGGCGCGCAUUGGACGAGCACGACGGCGCGUGUUUCGUCGGGACGACAGUGCGCGCCGGUCUGCCCGACGCCGCACUCCUCAACCGCGCCGCCCUCGAUGCCAUGUCGCCCCAGAAGCCGCUCGUGCUCUUCUUCUUCGGGAACCACAGCUGCGUCGCUAACUCGGCCGCGCUUGCGCUCGUCGGUCUCGACCCGGCCGACGGGCUCCUGGUAGAGGGGGACGCGUUCGCGCUGAGCAUCAAGCUUGGUGAGAUGGCCGACGUCGACGAGGUGGACGCGUGGGUUGGGGAGUUGGCGAGGGACGUCGCCGCGCUCGGCGUAACGGAGGUUGUCGACCUCGAGAUGGCGGCCAACGUGGGGCCGUGGCAGCGCCGCUGUGCCAAGGGCUUUGAUGCACUUCGCGUACAUAUCGGAUUCUACGCUCAACACCUCGACGACGCCAUCGGGCGGGGAUACCACACUGGCGAAGCAGUCCCCGGUACCAACGACCUAGUCUCCGUCGGCCCAUUCAAGAUCAUCACGGACGGCGCGCUGUCGUCCAUGACGGCGUACUGCAAGGCGCCGUACACGAACACGUGUAACCGCGGAGCACUCAACUACACCCCGGCGGAGAUCGACGAGCUGUGCCUCAAGGCCACGGCGUCGGGGCUGCGGCUGGCUGUCCACGCGAUCGGGGACGAGGCGCUGUCGCUUGUCCUCGACGCGCUGGAGCGGCACGCAAGCCUCGGGUACCCGCCACUUGGCGGCAGCACGAUCGAGCACGCGAUGCUCGUCGACGCGCCGGAAGUGCCGCGCUUCGCGAGGCUCGGCCUGACCGCCAGUGUACAGCCGCGGCACCUCGUCGAGGACAUCCAGCUCGCACACGCGCGCUGGGCAGGACGCGAGCACCUGUCGUUCCCCUACCGCACCCUGCUGAAAGCGGGGAUCAGGCUGCGCUUCGGCAGCGACACGCCCGUGAGCCCCAUCCAGCCGUGGGAGGCGAUGGCGUGCGCCAUGUCGCGUGAGGGAUUCGGCGAGGUGUACGAGCCGCAGGAGAGGCUGGGCGCCGCGCAGGCCUUCGCGGCGAGCACGUGGAGUGGACGGGUAGAGCUGCGCGAGCGCGAGCGCGCAGACUUGAUCAUCGUCGAUGCGGAUCCGUUGACCCUCGACGCCGAGGGGAUGCGCCGCGUCAAGGUGUACGCUACUAUGCUGGGCGGGCGGUGGACGUACCCCCCCAAGGCGCUGCGAUAG